GAGAAUACAUCAAGCGUCAUUAGUCUGUAAACACAGUUACGUCCCUUGAACAUGCAGGAUGUCAAACGAUGGUGCUUCUUUCUGUGAUACUCCGUUGUGGGACAGUUCCCUUUCUUUCAACACCACAGAUCCAGACCUGACAACUUGCUUUCAGAAGACUGUGUUGCUAUGGAUACCUUGUGGUUUCCUGUUUCUGAUCAGUCCUUACAGAAUAUAUUCAUUGUGGAAAUCGAAAGUUGGUGCAGUACCAUUAUGGGCUUACAAUGUAGCGAAAUUGGUUCUGGGUGGUCUUAUUGGCUGCCUAUCUGUGAGUGAUCUGUUCUACAGCAUUUACGAGUGGUCCACUGGAUCAUCAGUACCAGUUGUCAACAUCAUAUCUCCUCUAAUCGUCAUUUUAUCCAUGAUCCUGUAUGAUUUCCUAGUACAUUUUGAGAGACAACAUGGCAUCCGAACAUCAGGCUAUCUGGUGAUAUUCUGGAUACUGCUGACAGUGGCUACAUCAGUCCCAUUCCAGUCGAAUAUCCGAACAGCUCUGAGGGAGGGACAAAUUGAAGAUCUGUUCCGAUUUAUAACUUUCAACAUACACUUCCCUAUUGUCCUUGUCCAGCUUGUCUUGUCGUCCUUUGUUGAUAAAGAGCCAGAGUUUUAUCCAAUCAAACAGUCAGAAAAGCCUUGCCCAGAGAGCAGUGCUUCAUUUCUGUCACAAAUUACAUUCUGGUGGUUUACCAGCCUGGUGAAGAAAGGUUACCGCAAAGCUCUUGAGAGGAGGGAUCUGUGGUCUCUGAACUCAUGUGACACCUCGCAGUAUGUUGUCCCCAAGUUUGAACAGCACUGGAACAAGGAACUCAACACGUCACAGUGUUUAGUAAGCUCACCUAAUCCAUCGAGAAAUAGUAUACCCCUGAAGGAGCGAUACAACGACAGCCGCACCUACACAGAAGUGAAUCUGGACGUAACGGUGAAAGAUGGUAGGCGAGAGAAGAAGCCAAAUGUACUAAAAUGUCUCGUCAAGACAUUUGGAAGAUUCUUUUUACUUGCAGCUGUGUACAAACUUAUGCAUGACAUCCUGCUGUUUGCUGCUCCAGCAUUAUUGAGGCUUCUGAUCCAGUUUGUGAAGAAUAAAGAGGAAUAUGUUUGGCAUGGGUACCUGUAUGCCAGUGCCCUGCUGGUUUGUGCAGUGGUCCAGUCCCUUAUUCUUCACCAGUAUUUUCACAGCUGUCUUGUGCUCGGUAUGAGGUUGAGAACGGUCAUCAUAGCAGCAGUCUACAGAAAGACACUGAAACUUUCGAGUUCUGCGCGGAAGAAAUCGACAAUGGGUGAGAUUGUCAACUUGAUGUCUGUGGAUGCUCAGCGUUUCAUGGAUCUGAUGACCUACUUCCACACGAUCUGGUCCGGACCAUUCCAAAUCUCUGUGUGUUUGUACUUGCUGUGGCAGACCCUAGGUCCACCCAUCCUCGCCGGGGUCGGAGUUAUGGUUCUUCUUGUGCCCGUCUCUUAUGCCAUCGCAAACAAGACAAAAUAUCUUCAGACUGAACAAAUGAAUUUUAAGGAUUCCCGAAUCAAACUUAUGAAUGAAAUUUUAAAUGGAAUGAAGGUCCUGAAACUGUACGCAUGGGAACUGUCAUUCCAGGAGAAAGUUGUUAAUAUUCGAAAUGAAGAACUGGAGGUUCUGAAGAAGUCUGCCUAUCUGAAUGCCAUUUCAACAUUUGCUUGGACAUUUGCUCCAUUUUUGGUGUCACUGGUCACAUUUGGAGUGUAUGUGUUGUCUGACCCAAACAAUGUACUGGAUGCUGAAAAAGCUUUUGUAUCUCUGUCUCUGUUCAACAUUAUGCGAUUUCCUCUUGCCAUGUUUCCACAAGUUGUCACAAAUAUUGUUCAGGCUAAUGUGUCGUUGAAAAGAGUACAGAAGUUUCUGACUCAGACUGAGCUGGACCCAGAAGCUGUUCAAAAGUGCUACACUUCAGAAAUAGCUGUUAAGAUUGAGAAUGGGACAUUUGCCUGGGAUGUAGAAGAUACUACUAUCCUAACAAACAUCAACCUGGAAUUCCCGCAAGGAUCUCUGGUGGCUGUUGUUGGUAUGGUUGGAUCAGGCAAGUCGUCCUUACUUUCUGCACUCCUUGGAGAAAUGGAUAGAAUCUCUGGAUCUGUUUGUGUUACAGGUUCUGUAGCGUACGUCGCACAGCAAGCAUGGAUUCAGAACUGUACCCUGCAAGACAACAUUCUGUUUGGAAAACCACUUAUUCAGUCCAAAUAUAAUCAUCUGUUGGAGGCGUGUGCUCUUGGGCCUGACCUUGACAUGUUGCCUGCUGGUGACCAGACAGAGAUUGGGGAAAAGGGUAUUAACCUGAGUGGAGGUCAGAAGCAGCGUGUCAGUGUUGCCCGUGCGGUGUAUCAGGACAAAGACGUAUACCUCUUUGAUGACCCACUCAGUGCUGUGGACGCACACGUCGGCAAACACAUCUUUGACAACGUCAUUGGACCGAAGGGCAUCCUCAGUGAAAAGACACGAAUCCUGGUGACCCAUGGUAUCAACUUUCUGCCCCAAGUGAACCUGAUUGUCGUCUUGGUGGAUGGUCAGAUAUCGGAGGUUGGGUCUUACUCGGAGCUGAUGACUCAUGCGGGGGCCUUCGCCCUCUUCCUCAAGAACUUCUUAACCAUCGACAUUGCUUCUGAUGAAGAAGGGCAAGACUUGGAAGGGCUAAGUCUACGAGAAGAAAUGCUAUCACAACUUGGGUCUAUUAUGGAUUUAACUGAAGACAGAAGUAUUGAAAGACAGCGUUCAGUACUUUCUGAAACAUUCCGACAUCGCACGGAGUCGGUUCGAACAGUGAGCAGCGGUCAGAGUCGUCACUCCUCACAGGAGUUGUGUCCCGGCAACAAGGAAAAAGAUGGCACUUCACCUCUUAGAGACGGAAUGAAGCAGACGGAUCAAACACUGUCACAGACGGAAGUAGACAAGUGCACAGACAAAAGCAAGAAGCAUGACAACAAGUUGAUAAAGUCAGAAACUUUGUUGACUGGAAGGGUAAAGCUUGAAGUGUUCUUGACCUACCUCAAAGCUGUUGGUCUGUUCAUGAGUUUUGGAGUGGUCUUGUUCUUUGCCCUUACCAAUGCUGCUAGUAUCUCUGGCAACGUUUGGCUGAGCGACUGGAGCAACGAUGCGCUGUCUAUGAACACGACGUCAGUUUCACAGACACAUCUUAGACUGACUGUUUAUGGGGUGCUCGGCUUGGCACAAGGUCUUCUGGAAAUGGUCUCUGCCUUUGUAAUGGCUGUCGCUGGAAUCAGAGUAUCAUGUUGCCUGUUCAACUCCUUGGUGUGUGCUUUGCUUAGGUCCACGCUGCUGUUACACGAGACCACACCAAGGGGGCAGAUCAUGAACCGGUACUGUGAGGAUGUCGCGGAACUCGACUAUGUGAUGCCGUUCACUGUCCGAUCAAUGUUGAAUGUCAUCAUGAGUGCCAUCGGAUCAUUUGCAUUGAUGGUUAUAGUCACCCCAUACAUGGCCAUUGUCAUUCUGGUGUUGUCUGUCCCUUAUUUUGGUUUGUUCCAGCGAUUCUACGUAUCCACAUCAAGACAACUGAAAAGGCUGGAAUCAGUGAGUCGCUCACCAAUUUAUUCUCAUUUUGGUGAGACGCUCAUUGGUGUUUCUACUAUUCGAGCAUUUAAACUACAAGAAAGGUUUAUCACGGAGUCGGAAAAACGAGUGGAUGAGAAUCAGAUCUGUUAUUACCCAAGCAUUGUGGCCAAUAGAUGGCUGGCAGUUCGUCUGGAGUUUGUUGGCAACUGUAUUAUUUUCUUUGCCUCUCUCUUUGUGGUGCUGGGUCGGAAUUCCCUUAGUCCAGGCAUUGUGGGUCUCUCUGUCUCGUACGCUAUGAAUAUAACACAAAUAUUGAACUGGAUGGUUCGAAUGAUGUGUGACCUGGAAACUAACAUUGUUGCCGUGGAGAGAAUAAAGGAACUUUCUGAGACUCAAUCUGAGGCUGACUGGAUUAUAGAAGAUCGCCGUCCAGAUGACACAUGGCCUCAACAGGGAUUGGUGCAAUUUGACAACUACCAGACUCGAUACCGAAAAGAACUGGACCUUGCUUUGAAGGGUAUCAGCUGCACAAUCCAAUCUGGAGAGAAGGUUGGAAUUGUUGGUCGAACUGGUGCUGGAAAGUCCUCAUUAACUCUUGCAUUGUUCCGCAUCAUUGAGGCAACUGGAGGCCGUAUCAGUAUUGAUGGUAUCAAUAUAGCAGACAUUGGAUUACAUGACUUGAGAUCAAGACUCACAAUUAUACCUCAGGAUCCCGUCUUGUUCUCAGGUUCUCUACGCAUGAACCUUGACCCAUUCGAUGUUUACAGUGAUAAAGACAUUUGGCUUGCCCUUGAGCUUGCUCAUUUGAAAAAUUACAUAUCGUCCUUAUCAGAAGGCCUUCUGUACGAGUGUUCCGAGGGAGGAGAAAACCUAAGUGUUGGUCAGAGACAGCUACUUUGUUUAGCACGUGCUCUGCUGAGGAAGUCUAAAAUUUUAAUUCUGGACGAGGCUACUGCGGCUGUUGACUUGGAAACGGAUGAUCUCAUUCAGACAACAAUCAGAGCCGAGUUUAAGGAAUGUACAGUACUCACCAUUGCCCACCGCCUUCACACAAUCAUGGAUUACACAAAAAUUCUGGUGCUAGAUGCAGGAGAGGUCCGAGAAUUUGAGGACCCCCAAGUUCUGCUGCGGAACACACAGUCAUUGUUUUACAAAAUGGCAAAAGAUGCUGGAUUGGCUUGACAGCAAGUCACCCCUCAAAAGGAUCAUUAUUAGUUUAAGAGUAGUUUUAGUCUGGUCAUAAACAUAAUAAUGCAAGGUAUCAAGUGAUACAUAAUUUAGGAUGGUGCUGGGUCGCCUAAGGUACAUUGUUUUAUUACAAGCCUUUACAAAGAGAUAGUAGUGUUGUACUCCAUACAUGGAGGUGACAGUGUUUGGGGGGAUUUCUUUUGGUUCACAUGAUGUAUUUCUGAUGUGCUUCCAUAGAAUGACCUUCUCCAGUCAUACUUACUGACCACUAUCAUAUGUCCAUCCAUCCCCUUGUUUUUGUUAUGUUUGUUUUAUGGGGGUUUUUUAUAUAUAUCUAUAUACAUAUAUAUACAUUAUAUGUUUUGAAGACAUGAUUUUACAACAAAAUGUUUUUGUUUUUUUUGUGUACCAGUUACUACUACAAUGAUUUUGUUUUAAUAAGUAUAUUGCUGUUACAUAUUAAUGACUUAGUACAAAUUGCUUUCUGUUUGCUUAUAUGUUAUCAGGGCAUUUUUCUGUGCCCAUUGUAAUUUAAGUAUGCAUCAAAUCUAUUUGUAUGCAUUUUCACACUGAAUCUUUUUUUUUUCUUUCUUUCUUUCUGGGGUUUUUUUUUUUCCUUUUUUUUUUAUGAGUGAAAAUAAACUUUUAUUUAUUUUUGCCAUGACACAUGUAAUAUAAUAUGUAUGUUGAAGU